UUGUGAAUCUCUAAAGUUGAACCUACAGGUUGUUCCUGGAAAUUGGUAUCUUAUCACCUCUUCCAAAGCUCCAUAAGAUUGUGUAGUUUACGGCGGUCGCUAGGAGACGGUAAACCGGAAGCGGAAAUGCCGUUCAGGAGCUCUAGGGAAAGAGGACGUCAUGGCUGCUAAGGCGGAGGUCCGGGCUUUGCAGGCUGAAGUUGCCCGGCGGGAGAAGGAGCUGAGUUCCCUGAAGCAGAGACUGGCGGCGGCUCUUCUGGCGGAGGAAGAGCCAGAGCGGCCGGCUCCGGUGUCGCCCCUGCCGCCGAAGGCCGCCCUGACCCGAGAGGAGAUUCUGCGCUAUAGCCGGCAGCUGGUGCUGCCGGAGCUCGGCGUGCAGGGGCAGCUGCGCCUGACCGCCGCGUCCGUGCUAGUCGUGGGCUGCGGUGGGCUCGGCUGCCCGCUGGCGCAGUACCUGGCAGCGGCCGGCGUGGGCCGCCUGGGCCUUGUGGACUACGACGUGGUAGAAAUGAGCAACCUGCCGCGCCAGGUGCUGCAUGGGGAGGCACUGGCCGGCCAGGCCAAGGUGUUUUCGGCCGCCGCCUCGCUGCGCAGUCUUAAUUCGGCCGUGGAGUGCGUGCCGUACGCUCAGGCUCUGACGCCAGCCACGGCUCUGGACCUGGUCCGCCGUUAUGACGUCGUGGCUGACUGCUCCGACAACGCGCCCACUCGGUACCUCGUUAACGACGCCUGUGUACUGGCCGGCCGACCUCUCGUAUCCGCCAGCGCCCUGCGCUUCGAGGGCCAGAUCACAGUCUACCACUACGACGGAGGGCCUUGCUAUCGCUGCGUGUUCCCCCAGCCACCUCCAGCGGACACGGUGACCAACUGCGCAGAUGGCGGGGUGCUCGGUGUCGUCACUGGGGUCCUGGGCUGCCUGCAGGCGCUGGAAGUGUUGAAGAUCGCGGCGGGCCUGGGCCCCUCUUACAGUGGCCAACUGAUGCUCUUCGAUGCUCUCAGAGGACGUUUCCGCUGUAUUCAGCUGCGGAGCCGCAGGCCCGACUGUGCGGCCUGCGGGGAGCAGCCCACUGUGACUGGCCUGCAGGACUAUGAAGCCUUCUGUGGCUCCUCGGCCACGGAUAAGUGCCGUUCCCUGCAGUUGCUGAGCCCAGAGGAGCGAGUUUCUGUCACCGACUAUAAGCAGCUUCUGGAUUCUGGGUCACCCCACGUGUUGCUGGACGUCAGGCCUCAAGUGGAAGUGGACAUCUGUCGUUUGCCUCAUGCCCUGCACAUCCCUUUGAAACAUUUGGAACGGAGGGAUGCGGAGAGCCUGAGACUCUUAGGGGAAGCGAUCCAGGAAGGGAAGCGAGGCACUCAGGAAGGGGCAGCGCUCCCCAUUUACGUGAUUUGCAAGCUGGGCAACGAAUCCCAGAAGGCCGUGAAGAUCCUGCAGACGUUGACGGCAGUCCAAGAGCUGGGCUCCCUGACCGUUCAGGAUGUGGUUGGGGGGCUCAUGGCCUGGGCCGCCAAAAUCGACGAGACAUUUCCCCAGUACUGAGGUGGCUGGUAGACUGGUCGGACCUGAGAAGGAUGUGGGUUGUCCCAUUACUUGAAAGAGCACGGCGAUUUAUUGGAUGAUGUAGUUGUUAAUGGAUUAUAACUCGGUCUCUGCGAGUUGCCUUGUGUUUUCAGCACUUGGAGAGUGCCUUGAACUUGUGAGCUAUAUUGUAAGGGACAGGAUUUUGUGUUUUAAUCUGCCAAUCAUUCACCGGUCCAGCUUUUUUCCCACCUCCCCCAGUGCAAAAGCUCUGUAAAUGGUCUGUUUUAUGCCUGGAAUUAAGUUGUUGUAAACUUAGUCUUACUGAAAUGACCACAGAUGAUACACUUAAGAUCAAUUUAUUGUUUACUAAAGAUCUUCUUUGGAUCUUACUUCCACUUCAGGUGAUAGAAUAUGCACUAGAGAAAUAAAUGUUACUGCAUUGUUUUAAUGAUC